AUGUCUUCAGAACCAUUCCAGCAAAAGUCUCCAAUCAAGAUUAGGCUGCCUGAGCCUUAUCUGACGACAUACUAUCUGGAGCGCACCGCUGAGGGAAAGCAGUCGUUUCGUCUACGCAAAGAUGACUCUGUGAAGGAGGGCAAGCCUUUCCCCAAAGCUCUUCACGGUGAUGACUUGGUCUUCUCCAGUAUCCCAAUUGCAGAGUCUGAUAAAAUUCCCCAUUCUGAUAACCGCGAGUAUGCGCGCGCGCGACGAAGUCCUGUGUGGGUGUUGAGCUGGGACAAGCAGACUCCCACGCUCGCCCAGGCCUGGAUGUUCCUGUACACUUUCUUCGCAUACACUUUUGAUGUAGAGCAAUUCCGUUUCCAUCUUGAAGGCCCUGGUGCCGAGGAUCUGGAGAAGGCUCUUGUACUCUCUAUGGUGGCUAUCAACAUGCCUCAGCCUCCCAAGGGCGUUGAUCCUGCGCCCAGCACAGGUGUUGAAGUGCUCGUCCUGCGAAGCGCCUUCUGGCAAGGAUGUGCUUCGCCAUUGGGUCAGCAGCCUAUCUGGCUUCCUACCUGGAACUCCGCCAACGUCGUCCCUCAUCUUGAGUAUGUGAUGACACCUACUUCCGACGUCACUCUUCUGCGCCAUCCUCGCAGAACACCCAAGCCUGCUGCCGGUAGCUGCUUCUACAGCCGUUACAUCCCGUCACUUGACGAGCACUUCAACCUCGUUGCUCUCGACUACGAGAACCCCGAGCACCUGGGCCUGUUCAACACAUGGCAGAACGACCCCCGUGUGGCAGCAGGCUGGAUGGAGACUGGUACUCUUGAUGAGCACCGCACUUAUCUCAAGAACAUCCACGAGGACCCCCAUCAAUUCGCCGUGCUGGGCUACUUCAACGACAUCCCAUUCGCCUACUUUGAGCUGUACUGGGCCAAGGAGGACAAGAUGGGCCAGCACUACGCCUCGCUCGACUUUGAUCGCGGUAGACACUCGCUCGUCGGCAACGACAAGUUCCGUGGACAGUAUCGCGUCUUGGCUUGGUGGCCUAGUGUCAUUCACUAUGAGUUCCUUGACGACCACCGCACUGAGAACGUUGUCGGCGAGCCUCGUCUGUCAAGUGAGAAUGUUCUCAAGUAUGAGAUGAUAUUUGGUCUCCACCAGGACAAGUGGAUGGAUCUGCCUCACAAGCGAUCCAAUAUGGUCAAGGUUUCUCGUGAGCGCUUCUUCCAGAUCUGUCCUUUUAACCAGGGCAAGCCUCGCAUCGCAGGCACAACAUUUGGCUUUGAGCCCAAGCUGUAA